AUGUCGUGCUGUGAGGGCACCCGGUCGCUACACAAGCGCUACAAAAUUGCGCUACUGACCGGUGGCCAUCACCCGCCGACCGAUCGAAGGAUGGGCACAACGAGCACCGGCUCAACGGCAGCCUCACCAGCACCGGGUGAUUGUAGCCGCGUGUGUGGGAUGGAGCUGACGAUGAUGCGCCACAGUGAUAGCAGCGAUACCGACGCGACGACAAGCGUGGCCGCGGGCGGUUUUAGUGUAAGCCCUACCAAAAGUGACCCAACACCCGGGUGGUGCAGCAAAAGGAGCAAAAGCAACACCACCAGCAGCAGCACCAGUAGUAUCGACAGCCCAGCUCGCAGCCGACGAAGGACGACGACGUGGCAAACGUGGCGACGGCGGCGUGUUGGUGUGCGAUGGUUUAGUCCUUCAGGGGUGGCCCUCGUGGGGUACGCCAUCCUGCUGAUCCUGAUGGUGCUGGGGGAUCGUACGGUGGCCGUGCUGCUCGAUACGGCCGGUGGUGUUGGGGGUGCGAGCGAGAACAAGGCACCGGUGCAGGCGUUCGGGGACGAGCUGGGUGGUGUGAAUCUGGAGCGGAGCAUAGCGGCCGUUUUUAGCCGGGUCGCGUACGGUUCGACGACGACCACGAAGCGCAGCAUACCGGACAACGUGUACGUGCCGAGCCUGACGACCGUCUCGACGCCGCUGUUGACCACGUUCCGGUACGACAACAAGAACAAGGACACGCUCGGUGGAUCCGGUCCCGGUGGUGGUGGUGGUGGUGGUGGUCCGGGCAGCGAUAAGGACGCCCACUACAACCAGCAGCAGAUCAGCGCGAACCACCGGAACUACGAGCUGGAUCUCGAGCGAGACCACGUGCUGCCAACGUCGGCACCAAACGCGGAGAUCCUUAAAAGCAACAGCAACCCGACCUACCCGAACCCAAACCGUCAUCACAACCACGAUCGUCAUCGGCACUCCAAUUCGACGCCCUAUCCGCAUGGUCACAAUGCAAAGAAGGGCUUCCCGACGAACUCGAUGUUUGCGGGUGAUAUUCCGGCGUACUCACCACCCUCCCGCACAUUCUUCACACCCCCGUUGCCGCGCAACUACACGAAUCCGUUCGCGGACAAACCAACCCUGCGGGGUACGAACAGCGACAGUACCAUCAUCAACACGGGCACGUACGCAAACAGACGGCCUUUGCCACCACCGAGCCUAAUGCCAGGACACGAGCGGAUCCCGAUGCGCCCACCGGAUCUUGUUCCCGGUGCACCAGGACCUGCCGGUGGGAUGCCCCCGAACGGGGGUGGUAAUGGGGCAUUGCUGCCCGGGAAGCUGCCGGGUGGUGGAGGUGAUCCAAGCGGCGGUAUGAUGCCCUCGGUUGCCGGUGGUGGUCCUGGUGGAGUUUCCUCGUCCCAAUCGCAGAUGGAAGCGCAACGGAAAAAGGCCCUCAACACACCCUCGGAGAAGUCGAGCAAGCUGGACGCGGCCAAGAGCGGGUACGAUGGCAACAACAAGCUGUACUUGCUGGAUGAAAACGCCAACUCGAGCGCGAUCCUGCCAAAUGGGAUGCAUUUCCCGUCGAUCUCGCGCAUCCUUUCCGGUUCAAACGGGCGGCCACAAACGAUCCCGGAUGUGUUGUUGCGUUCGGUGACGUUACCACCGCGUCCCAACAACCAACCGGCUGGGUUCGAUCUCGGUGGUGGUACGACCUCGCUCAGCAACGCCAAGGAUCGGCCGGGUGGUUCCGGACCUUUUGGAAACCGACCGGUGGGGUUGGAUGGUGAUCGCGAGCGGGAUGGUGGUGAUGUAGGUGGUGCAGGUCCCGAGGGUGCUGGUGGAGAAGGGGAUGGACGGAGGAAUCAUUUCGGUGGGGGAGAUGACACCGGUCGGGAUGAGGACGAAGACGAUGAUGAUGAGGAGGAGGAUGAAGAUGAUGAUCCGUUUGAGGAGGGAAAUGGUCGGCACCAGCCUGGUGGAGGAGGAGGAGGAAGCACGUCGAACACCGGUUCCGCUACCUCGACCGUGUCCUCCAUGCAUGUCCUUUCAUCGUCCUCGUCACCGAUCACCCAGAGGAUGCCGAAUCUUAACCUCAAAUCGGUCAUGAUCAAGAACGGAAGCGGUGGUAGCGGUGAGGAUACACCAGGAUAUGGAAAUGAUCGCAACUUUCAGGGUGAGAUCGCCGACAUCAGCACGUGGACGAUCGCGUGGAACAUUCACGUGUAUCUAUCGGCGAUUCUGUUCACGAUCCUGGCGGUGUACUCGAUCUUCAAGAUCAUUUUCUACGACAAGCUGACGCAUCUGUUCUCACAAUCGUACUUCAUCAGCAUCCAUCUGAUCCUGAUCAUCAUCUGUCUGUUACGCAUCUUCUACCUCUGCUACGACGCGUACAACAUCCAUUUCAGCUUCAAUUUGUUCACGUCCGAGUUGCUGCUCAAUCUGCCGUUGACUUUCCUCACCACGACGUUUGCGAUCUUGAUCCUGUUCCUGUUGCUGCGCUCGAUCAACCACAAAACGAACCGGUACAGCUCGAUCUUGCGCCCGCUCACCAUCAUGAUCGGGUCCGGAGUGCACGUUGGCCUCUGCAUCACGCUUCACCUCGUGGAGUCGUACGAAACGCAGCAGUUCUAUCACAAACAGCACCAGCUGCAGCUCCAGAACAAGCAGCUACUGGCGGCGAGUGGGCUGGGUGCACGGGGUACCGGAAGUGGUGCUGGUGGAGGACACGCACCACCCACGAACAUCCAGAUCCCCCCACGAGUGCUAUCGCUCAUCUGUCAGAUCAUUUACAUCUUCAUCUGUCUCAGCCUCGGCAUCCUGUACCUGUACAUGUACCGGCUGUUGAAGCGCAUCCUGAACAAAAGCCAAAACUACAUCCACGGGUACAACAACCUAUCGUACGCGAUCCACAUCACGAUCGCGACGGCGCUGCUGUUCAUUCUGCUGGCCUCGUUGCAGAUUUACGGUGCGAUCAGCAUAAGCUCGCAAACGCGCGUCAAACUCUCACCGAGCAGUGGCCUACCCGGGGAAGGUCCUGGCGGACGACCGGGUGGUGGUGGAGCCGGUGGUGGUACCCUGUGGGCGUCCCACAUCGAGAUCGAUUGGUUCCAGUGGGGUUACCAGUUCAGCUUGCGCUUCAUCGAGAUCGUGAUCGUGGCGCUGCUGUCGUGGGUGACAGGACUAAAGACGGGCACCUCGAAGGUCCAGCGGGAAAAGGACAUGGAGCAACCGAACGCGAGUGGGUUCGCGCUGUUCCCGUGUACGUCCUCCUCGAGCCAGGAGAACUUCGAGACGGAUUAUCCGGCGGUGUGCAACACGAACCGGAAUCUGCACACGUACACGAUGCGCACCGGGAAGCCGAUUUACGACGAUAAUUUUGCGCUAAAUUCGCUCAACCUCGAUCAAGGGGCGCAGCAGGAUCUGCAGCUUGGUGGACCGGUGCCGGGAGGUGGUGUUGGACCGGGUAGCGAGUUCCAGCGAUCGCUCGAGACGAACAGUAUGCGCUCGUCAUCGCACAACUACAGCAACAAUUACAAUGGCAGCAGCAACAACGAGCACGGCCCGGAUGGGGGUGAUGAUUUCCUCAACGAAACCGACCCAAUGCCGGAUCAUUACGAGAACCCCAACUUUGAGCUGAAACAGCAGCAACAUGGCGGCGGGCAUCACCAUCAUCAGCAGCAGCAUGGUGUUGGUGGACCAUCGGCGAACCAGUACCACGACAUCAUGGACAACUGCUACUCGGAACCGAUUGGGGCGCCCCAGUACGACACGAAGUCCUUGCGAGGUCAUCCGAUGGCUGGAGCGACGGCACCACACCGGAACUACGAUUUCCAGAACUUCGAGCGGCCAAACUUCGAUCCGCAGCAUCUGCCAACGUUGCCGCAACCGUCCGCAUUGGGUGCCGCUCAGUCGAUAGCUCGCGGGGAGUUCCGGGCGUCGAAGAACCUGAAAACGCUCAAGAGUGGUCAGCUGCAGAAUGACCUCGGUGGUGGUGGUGGUGGCGCGAAUACGAUGGGUCAUCAUCACCACUACAACCACCAUGGGGGUGGGAUGGCACCGGGACCGGGUGAUUCCUUUGACAGGCGGAUCGGUGUACGGAAGAGUGGCACACUGAACAAUAUCGGUGCGAUGCACUUUAACCAGCAGCAUGGUAGUGGUCGUAACCACAAUUCCGGCUCGUCCGCAUCGUCCUCUUCGUCCAACAACCGAUCGGCUGGAGGACCUCCGCAACAGCAGCAACAGCAACAACAACGGCGUGGUCCUCCGGGAGGUGUACAACCUCAGGGUGGCCAUCACCAUCCAGCGGCGCACGGUGGAUUUCCACAUCCGGGUAGCUUCAACGAUCGGCUAAUGAACGGGCAGGGUGCGGCCGAUUCACUCGAAAGGAUCCCACACGGACCGGACGGUGGAUUCGAUGAUGCCGCAGCUUACUACCACAGCAAGAAGCGCUCCCGGGAAUCGUCGAGUUCGAGCUACACCACCGGUGGUGGACCUGUACCGUACGCGACCAGCUCCGAUCACCACCAUCACGGGCAUCCACACGCGCACACACACCACGGGACGGAAUCGUCCUCCUCACCAACGGCCAGUCUCGGUGGGAGCGGUAACGGAACACCAACUGGUCCCGGUGCCGUACCCGGCGUGACUGGUGUACUCGCUGGUAAGAUGGCACCAGUUGGUCCAGAUGGUAGUAUGCUCGUCGCCGAACAGGGCUUCGUGCGGUUCCGAGCGCUUGAAGAACCGACGCUCGGUUCAAGGACGAAUUUGCGUGAUAAACCCGGUGGCAAACAGCAACAACAGCAGCAACAGCAACAGUCACAGCAGCCACAGCAGCUGUUUAUCGGCUCGUAA